UACCAGAAACGGACCAACGGUAGAAACAAAUCCGACUGUCACGGAUUCUUAACGAUAACGGAUUAAAAAAAAAACAUAGUCGCCGCUGAAAUACAUACUAUCUACCAGGCAGAUUAUUCUCCGUUCGCCUUUAACAUUUUAUAUAGUUAACUGUUACGGGUCUACGGUGCACGUCGUCUCUGACGGUACGCUAACAUUAUAAACAAUAAUAACAAUGGCUUCUGGGUCGCCGUCGUCCUCUCCGGACACUGCGACGGGCUCAGGUACAGACCCAGCCCGGCCCGACACAGGGGAGCCCCUAGGUGGAGCAGGCUCAGACUCAGACUCGGACCUGGGCUUGGGCAAAUUUGACUGCAGCGGCAUGGAAAUGGGAGACCGGCUGGAGGGAGACGAGCUGGAGCGGGAGUUCGAGUCUGCAGCCGACCGCAUACGAGAUCUGGUUCAGACAGCCAGCAGGGACCAGCUGCUGUACCUGUAUGCACGCUACAAACAGGCCAAAGUGGGAAAGUGCAAUACAACAAAGCCUGGCUUCUUUGACUUUGAAGGACAGAGAAAAUGGCAAGCCUGGAAGCAGCUUGGAGACAUGGAGGCGGAGCAGGCAAUGCAGGAGUACAUUUCCUGUGUCAAUGUGUUAGACCCUGAAGGUAGCACGAAGGAAAGACGAGGGGCAGAAAGAAGAACAGGCUUCGGAGGAGCAGCAGUCAGCUCUCUGUACCAGGAGGAGAUGAUCAGGGAAGAGGAUAAAAACAUCUUUGACUACUGCAGAGAAAAUAACAUCGACCACAUCAGCAAGGCCAUCAGCUCCCAGAAAGUGGAUGUCAAUACUAAAGACGAAGAGGGUCGGGCUCUCCUGCACUGGGCCUGUGACAGAGGACACAAGGAGCUGGUGUCUGUAUUACUGCAGCACAAAGCAGACAUCAACAAUCAGGAUAAUGAAGGACAGACAGCGCUACAUUAUGCAUCGGCGUGUGAGUUUGUCGACAUCGUGGAGCUCCUGCUGAAUGCUGGAGCCGACCCGUCCAUCAAAGACAUGGAGGGCUCUCUCCCUGAGGAGGUCACUGAAUCCAGUGCCAUUUCCUCUCUCCUGCGUCAGUACACUUCUCCGAAAGGCUAGAUCACCCACCUACCACCACCCGGUCCCCGCCCCUGUCCUCGUCUCACUCUAUUCAUCCCCAGCAGUUGGUAGACCAGGAUUGCAAAGGUUUUAUUUGACUUUAUUUCCCAAUACUUGAGGUGAGUUUGAUUUUGUUGGCUUAGCUCUUUGGAACUUCAGGCUGUAGAAAUUAGCCCUUCCAUUUGAUAAGACACAUGAAAUGAAGCACACUGCAUGUAUUUUCAUUAAUCUAAAUACUGUAUAUUGACUUUAUAUGCCCAGUAGGGUUGGGUGAUAUGACAAUUACUGUGAGAUGAUAGAGAUCUGUCAACUGGAUAAGAUUUUGCUCUACUGAGGUAGCUGUACCUUAAAUAUCUCCUCCGAGCAGGACUGCUUUUUGGCAAUACUGGGAUGACAGGCUUUGUGCAUCAAAGUGAUGAAGUAUCUGGAUUUGUCAAGUAUUUAAGUUUUAAGUCACUGGAAGAACCAAAAACAGAAAUUUCCAUCCUCUUAUUUUAUCAGUAUAAAAUUUCUGAGACGCCAUAUAACAGUAUAUAUAUAUAUAUAUAUAUAUAUCGUUAUCACGAAAUAAAAUUACAUACUGUAAUUGAUAUUAUACAUAUCACCCACUCCUACUGCCCAGGUCUGACAACCAGCCAGGCCUUUUAGUCUGGGUCAGCCCUCCCUGACCAUUUGUUCAUGAUUCAGUUGUGUUACGUUUAAGGAAUGCUUUAGUCAUUUGUCAUUUAUCACAUUAAAGUCUUCAACAAAUCUG